AUGUUUAAGCGUGUAUUAUCAUUAAAUUUAAACAACAGCAGAUUAUACUGUAGCAAAGUUAAUCAAAAUAGAUUAUUACCAAAUUUCAGAGAAACCAAACAAAAAGAAAUUAUUGACGCCGAAAAAAUAUAUUCAAUCACUCCAGUUAAACCAUUAAAAUAUCCAAUCGAUCCAAUUAAAAACUCACAAGUAUAUUUCGUAGGUAAAACUACUGAAUCAGUUAAAUAUCCAGAUAUUCCAUUUGUUGUCAAAAGAACUUCAACUGGUAAAUUACCAGUCUACACUGAAAGAAUAGGUCGUUAUAAUAAUGAAAAUUUUACAAUUUUAAGAAAAUUUGAUGGUGAUAGAAAUAUUUUAAAGAGCGAACUUUCAAAUCUUUUAGGUGAAUCAAUACCUAUUAAAGAACGUGCCGAAUCAUUUGAAAUUAAAGGUGAUCAUCAAAAAACUAUUAUGGUUUGGUUAGCUGGUUUAGGUUUUUAA